GCAAGUCGAGUAAAGUAUUUCGUGGCUGUCUGUUGCGAUUGCAGCUUUACGACGUCGAACCUUCCUUGUGUUUGUUGACGGGCAUUCUUUGCUGCACAGAGGCGGGUGCGUAUCUUCGCUGCAACCAGAUAAUGGUCCGAAUCUAUAUUUGGUCCUCGGAGCGUACGCACGUCUAAAACACUGGAGACAUGUCUUCCGUCUAUCACAACGUGAUCGAUUUGGUUACGCGUGUUUCGAUCAGGAGACAGCCAAGUAGCUUGGUGUAUUUUCUUUUGCUGGAAUCUGGUACUACAGACGACCAUAAUUCGGGCCCCAGCGAAGUCGAUCAGCCUCAGGCCGUUUGGCGAUGUUUCGUCAUUGAGGCUGAUUUUUCCGCCUGUUCUGCCAAAGGCACCUUCUUUACCCACCCUGGCGUUAAAAUCACCAAGCACGAUUUUGACAUCGUGGCGGGGGAAGCGCUCGUAGGUACGUUCUAGGCGCUCAUAGAAAGUAUCUUUGGUCACAUCGUCCUUUCUCUUCCGUUGGGGCGUGGGCGCAAAUAAGCGAUAUGUCGAAGAACCUCGCUUUUAUGCGGAUUGUGGCUAGACGUUCAUCCACCGGGGUGAAUGCCAGGACUCGGCGACGGAGUCUCUCUCCCACCACAAAUCCAACACCAAAUUUGCACUCCUUUAUAUGGCCGCUGUAGUAGAUGUCACAAGCACCCACCUUCUUCCGUCUUUGUCCCGUCCAUCGCACUUCUUGGAUGGCGGUGAUGUCAUUAUCCUUAAAACGUUUGCAGGGGUCGUCAUCAAAAGGGGGCUGUCUCAUCCGAGGCUUUCGAUUUUUCAUUGAUACUUCGUUUUUAUGUGGUGGGUCCCAAACCCUACGCACAACCGCAGGAGCGGGUUCGCCUUCUCACUUUAGCUCGCAUUCAAACGGAUGUUUGUUAGCUACCCAGAGGAUACUUGGUCGUGAGUUGCUUGAAUCAUGUGGAGAAGAAUCGUUUCUGGCCACUCCCAAGUGAAUGACCAUCAAAAACUUUCCUCACUUAAGGUUAGUUUCCAGCUCUCAAGAAAAGCAAAAACUCCAUACAAAAAAACACUAAAGAAAAGCUCAAGAAGUUUUCUUGUAUUAAAUUUUCUUGUGGCAACAUACAGCUCUCAAGAAAUUCAGUAAUUAUAUUUUCUACUUUUAUUUUAUAAAUUGUGGAUAGGCAACACUGGUUUUGCGAAGAAACAUAACAGUUUCUAUAUAUUUCUGAAGUAAAUUGAGCGGGAAGAAGAAGCAAGUUUGUGGUUUUAUUUGAAUUUGAUUUGAAUUUUAUAUAUUCUUUGGCUUAAACAUUAGAAAUGGAAGACUCAAUACCUACAACAAAGCGGCAAAGGCGAAUUGGAAAUUUCACUACAGGUGAAAAACAAAACUUAAUUAAAGAAGUGGAAGAUGGCCCCGAAUAUGGGACAUUACUAACGUUUUGCAUUCAAAUAAAAAUACUGUGGAGCAGGCCUGGGUCCACAUAAGCAAUUCCCUUGGCAAAACUGUUAGUGAGUGCAAAGCUGGGUGGAUUAGCUUACGGGAGAGCUAUCGCUAUCACGCCAAAGUGGCCCGCAAGCACAAAAGUGGUAGCGCUGGUGGAGAAACGCUGGAGGAGCCUUUGUUUUCAGAUACUGUUAAUUGGGAGUUUGCUGAAGAAAUGGCAUUUUUGCCAAAUGUAUCACAGAAACGAAAGUAAAACUUUCACAAGUCCAGUUUUUGAAGAUUUCGAUUCAUCUUCCCCCAUAAAUAGAGCGGAUGUGGAGGAGUUAAAUGUUCCGCAAUAUGAUUAUAAUCCAACACCCACCACAAGUAAGCGGAAAUUUAGCGGAAGCCAAAAUGAUGAGGCAUGGAGUCGAUUCAAUAACAUCUUGAAGAAACAAGAGGAUUUGGUAGCAGGAAAGAAGAACUCACCAUAUGCACAAGUCCUUGCUGGUUUUGACUGGUUGUUGAAUAAGCUUCCACGGUCAGUUGGUGAUGAUAUGUGUAUGGAAUUUAACAGUAUGCUGUUACAGCAAGUAAAUGAACUUAAAACAAAAAAAUAGAAUAAGGAACAGAAAUAAAACUAACAAUUAACUUUUUAUACACUUUUACCUUAUGAUUAGUUAUGAAAUAAAUAAACAUGAA